AUGGAGUUCCUGUGCAACUCGGUUGGGCUCACAGCUCUAGCUGUGAUCUCGUCUCUUGUUUUGCUGCUCCAUAUCCUCCCAAGCAAGCUGCAAAACCAGAAGAAGAAGAAAUACCACCCAAUUGGCGGCACAGUCCUGAACCAGCUCCUCCACUUCAACAAGUUGCACCAUUACAUGACCGGCCUCGCUUCCAAACACUCCUCUUACCGCCUUCUCGGAGCUUUCAGAACCGAGAUUUACACCUCCGACCCUGUUAAUGUGGAGUACAGCCUCAAGACCAACUUCGAAAAUUACGGCAAGGGAGACUACAAUUACAGCAAUUUGAGUGAUCUUCUGGGCGACGGGAUUUUCACGGUGGAUGGGGACAAGUGGCGGCACCAGAGGAAGGUUUCAAGCUACGAGUUCUCCACUAAGGUUAUGAGGGACUUCAGCAGCGUGGUGUUCCGGAGAAAUGUCGUGAAACUUGCCGAUAUUAUCUCUGAAGCUGCGACGUGCAAUCAGCCCAUGGAUAUACAGGAUCUGUUCAUGAAAUCAACUCUGGAUUCCAUAUUUAAGGUUGCAUUUGGGGUUGAACUCGACAGUAUGUGUGGGUCGAACGAGGAAGGCAGGGAGUUCAGCAAUGCUUUUGAUGAUGCUAGUGCCAUUAGCCUUUGGCGGUAUGUUGAUGUGUUUUGGAAGGUGAAGAAGUUCUUCAACAUUGGAAGUGAAGCUACAUUGAAGAAGAAGGUCAAAGUUGCUGAAGAAAUCUGGGAAGCUGUAACCACUACGUCUACAAGUACUACUGCUGACACGAAAAAGUUGAGCAACUUCGUUGAAUUUGCUGAAAGUGUGACUGACAAAGCUCUUGAGAAGAUGCACUAUCUUCAUGCAGCUAUAACCGAGACUCUCAGGCUCUAUCCGGCUGUACCAGUGGACGCCAAGGUUUGUUUCUCUGAUGAUACGUUCCCAGAUGGUUUCAGUGUGAUGAAAGGGGAUAUGGUGGCAUACCAACCUUAUGCAAUGGGAAGAAUGAAGGCCAUAUGGGGCGAUGAUUGUGAGCAAUACAAACCAGAAAGAUGGCUGAACGACAAGGGAGUUUUCCAGCCUGAGAGUCCAUUCAAGUUCACCGCCUUCCAGGCGGGGCCGCGCAUUUGUCUGGGGAAGGAAUUCGCUUACAGACAGAUGAAGAUAUUCUCAGCUGUUCUGGUAGGGAGCUUUGUUUUCAAACUCAGUGAUGAAACGAAACCGGUCAACUACAGUACAAUGAUCAAUCUUCAUGUUGAUGGAGGACUCCAUGUUCUCGCUGCCCAUAGAAACAGCCGGAGCAGUAGCUAA